UUCACCUUUGAAUUCACCAUCUGAGGUAUGGUUUGAUAAAAGACAUGUGAAGUACUCUGUUCUGUCCGGAACUUCGAUGGCUUGUCCACACGUUGCAGGCGUGGCUGCGUACAUCAAGACUUUUCAUUCUGAAUGGUCUCCUUCCAUGAUCCAAUCUGCCAUCAUGACAACUGCUUGGCGGAUGAAUGCUACCGGAACCGGGGUUGCAUCAACCGAGUUUUCUUAUGGAGCAGGACAUGUUGACCCAAUAGCCGCUCUUAAUCCCGGACUCGUCUAUGAAUUAGACAAAGCAGACCACAUCGCCUUUCUUUGCGGUUUGAACUACUCUUCAAAAACCCUUCAGCUCAUCGCCGGUGAAGCCAUCACUUGCACUGGAAAGAGCUUACCAAGAAACCUCAACUAUCCUUCAAUGUCGGCUAAACUUUCGGAAUCUAAUAGCUCCUUCACUGUGACAUUCAACAGAACCGUGACCAACCUCGGUACCCCAAACUCAACAUACAAAUCAAAGAUUGUCAUAAAUCACGGAUCUAAACUCAAAGUCAAGGUCUCCCCAAGUGUUCUAUCUAUGAAGUCCGUGAAGGAGAAGCAGUCUUUCAUAGUGACUGUUUCAGGCAGCAAUCUCAACACAAAUCUGCCUUCAUCUGCAAAUCUAAUAUGGUCUGAUGGAAAACAUAACGUGAGAAGCCCCAUUGUUGUUUAUACUUAUAGUGGUUAAUGACUGAUAAAGCAUUAUCACUUCACCAUAAUUAUCAAUCAUCAUAUAAUAAAAAUCAAUAUUGUUGUUGUUGUUCAAGAAUAGUGUUUCAAUCUUAUUUCACAGUUUCAGAGAGCUCUGCAUCUAUUUGAAUUUAAAACUCAUUCAUAUAUCCUAAACACACAAAAUUCAAUUCAAGCAUUCUCAUUAUAACAAUCAAGAAUCCUGUUAGAUUUAAAUUCUAGGUUAAAAUUUUGAUAGAGCUAGCAGAAAACUAGCUCAGCGAAUUGAAACAAUAAAAAUCAAAGAAAAAUUGCAAAGCUAGGGAUGAUGCUACCCGGAGAAUUUGGCCGAGAAGAAGCUUUCUCAUGAAGAGGAAGACGGCGACAAUGGAGAUCUUGUACCGAUCGAUGGAGAGACGCGUGGAUGCGGGUCCAUGGUAAGAUUCCAACACCGUCCGCACCAGAUGUUUUACUCCCGCUUCUCUAAUUAUA